AGCUGUGCGUGUACGGUCCGUGGUGUGACUGCGGUCUGUAUUUAAUGGACAUUUAUUUGCAGAUUAGCAGAAUGCGUAGAGAGGCUUUAUACGGUCUUAACCAGUGCUGAAAGAGCUUAUACUUUGUAAAAAAUAACACUUAAUUCAUUCAUAUUUUUGAACUCGCUGGAUAGCAAUUGGUAUUGAAUAUGGAGCUGUUUGCAACAGUUGAUCAGGGGGGUUGCAUUUUGGACAUGUCCCAUCUGAAUCUGGAGAGUUUAAAUUUGGACACUGUCGGUGACGAACGGAGGAGAGUGACCCAACAACUCUACCUGUAUAACAACCGACUGAUUGUGUUUCCCGCUUCGGUAUGUCUAUUCUCCAAUUUGGAAGUUCUGGAUAUAAGCAACAAUGGAUUAACGGUUCUCUGUGAGGACAUUCAACGUUUGUCAAACCUCAAAACACUCAUAGCCAAGAACAACCGUUUGAACGAAUUCUCGUUCCCAAAGGAAUUUGGGUCCAUGCAGAUAGACACAUUGAACUUCAGUGGGAAUAUAUUUGAAGAGAUGCCCAUUCAGUUUCUAAAACUCCAGCGAUUAAAAUAUCUGUCUCUUGGGGGUAAUAGACUCAAAGCUAUCCCCUCAGAGAUAGAAAAUGUUACCAGUCUGGAGAUGCUUUAUUUGGGUGGGAACCUCAUCACCUCCAUCCCCCCAGAGCUGGCCAGCCUUCGCGGUCUCAGAUACUUGGUCCUUUGUGACAACCGGAUACAAAGUGUACCCCCCCAACUCACCAGACUCUACUCCCUGCGCUGCCUCAGUCUCCAUAACAACCUACUCACCUACCUACCGCGGGAGAUCCUCAGCCUGGUACACCUGCAGGAGCUCAGUCUCCGCGGCAACCCCCUGGUGGUCCGCUUCAUCAAGGACAUGACUUACGACCCUCCCUCCCUGUUGGAGCUGGUCGGACGGACCAUCAAGUCCUGCAACCUGCCCUACCACACCAAUUACCUGCCUGGAAACCUGGUGCAUUACCUGGACCUGGCCAGCAAGUGUCCCAACCCUAAAUGUACCGGUGUGUACUUUGACUCAUGUGUGAGGCACAUCAAGUUUGUGGACUUCUGCGGGAAGUAUCGGCUACCCUUCAUGCACUACCUGUGCUCCCCAGAAUGCACCUCUCCCUGCAGCUCCAACCCGCAGAGCGACGCUGAGUCGGAGGACGAGAAGUGCGUGUCGGCCAACAGGCUGCAGAGAGUGCUUCUGGGAUAGAAGAAAGUGGAACGUGAAAGGACCUCGAGUUCACUGACACACAUACUGGAUGAUGGACAGUUUCCAUGACUCCCAACUCACCUGACUAACCCAACUUCUCCUGUGCCAUACACGAUAAACACAGACACUGAGCUGUUCACUUCCAAUAGAGUGCCACAUUCAACAUGAGAUGUAGGAUUCCUCAAGGAGUGAUUGUAAAGUAAAUUAACCACAGUUUAUCUUCUUUUUUUUUCGAGCCGUAGUGUUUUAAACAUCUAACUGAAGCUUAUGGAGGACUGAUUUUGUUGUGGAGCACUCAUCAAAUGUAUUUUAAUGUAGAGCCUCAGUUUGUAGUUUCUGUGUUAACAUGAAGGGAUAAAUGAAUUGUAUGUAAAAAUGGAUUUUCUUUACAAUAUAGAUUCAGAAACGCAGAAUGUGUUCCAUGCUUCUUUAAAAAAAAAUCACCUCUCUUAACAGUUACCCUUUAAUCGUCAUACUUCUGUUGACACUUUGGCUGCUCGCACAUGUAAUCCUAAUAUACAGUAGUCUCUGUCCCCUGUAGCAUUUACACACCAGGCAUGAAUGCCUUCUCUUAUCUCACAAAACAACAAUUUGUGUUGUUACAAACCAAGGGGAAAGUUGUGUAUGUUAAUGUGAGAAUCUCUUGCUCAAAGAUACUAAUCCAGAGCUUGUACUGUGAAUGAAAUGUUUUACAUUCGUUUGAUUUUUUUAUUUUAAAUAAUUUAUUUGAAUAAAUCGAAAUGAAUAUCUAUAUAUUAUAUCUGUUGAUUGUAUAAAUACAGUAUAUCAUUGACAUGAGUACUGUUCUGUUAACUGGAUACAUAAGAUAAUGCUGUUUUUUUAAAUUAAUUUGUUAUUGAACCUUUAUUUAACUAAGCAAGUCAUAUUCUUAUUUACAAUGAUGGCCUAUCAAAAGGCAAAAGGCCUCCUGCGGGGAUGGGGGCUGGGAUUAAAAAAUAAAUAACAUUAUAGGACAAAACACAUCACGACAAGAGAGACAACACUACAUAAAGAGAGGCCUAUGACAACAAGAUAGCAUGGCAGCAACACAUGACAACACAGCAUGGUAGCAACACAACAUGGCAGCAGCACAUCAUGGUAGCAGCACAAAACAGGGUACAAACAUUAUUGGGCACCGACAACAGCACAAAGGGCAAGAAGGUAGAGGCGACAAUAUAUCACGCAAAGCAGCCACUACUGUCAGUAAUAGUGUCCAUGAAUGAGUCUUUAAAUGAAGAGAUUGAGAUAAAACUGUCCAGUUUGAGUGUUUGUUGCAGCUCGUUCCAGUCGCUAACUGCAGCGAACUGAAAAGACUAGCGACCCAGGGAUGUGUGUGCUCUGGGACCUUUAACAGAAUAUGACUGGUAUAACGGGUGUUUUAUGUGGAGGAUGAGGGCUGCAGUAGAUAUCUCAGAUAGGGGGGAGGGAGGCCUAAGAGGGUUUUAUAAACAACCAGUGGGUCUUCCGACAGGUUUACAGAGAUGACCAGUUUACAGAAGAGUAAAGAGUGCAGUGAUGUGUCCUAUAAAAGAGCAUUGGUGGCAAAUCUGAUGGCCGAAUGGUAAAGCCGCAUCUAGCUGUUCAUACCCGGGGCAAUAAUUGUGGCAAUAAUCAUUCCAAUGUGAAGAAUUUAGCAUGAUGAUAAUAAAAGUGUAAUACUUCAUGAUAUUGUUUUUGUUCCAUUUUAUUAUAUUUCUGUGUCCGGGCUGCGUUAAAGUUGGCCCUCAGGCAGCCCCAAACCAUAAUGUCAUUGCCUCCAUGCUUUACGGUUGGUAUGAGGUUCUUCUGUUCAAAAGGCAGUGUUUCUUUCUCGACAAAGAUGGCGUCUGGCAUUGCGGCCAAACAACUCCACCGUUGACUCAUCUGUCCAGAGCUUAUUGUUCCAGUAGUCCUGGUCUUUACCCAGGUGUUGUCUGUCAAACGUCAGUCUUGUCUUGAUACUAUUUUUUUGAGAGCAGAGGCUUCUUCCUUCCUGACCACCCAUAUAGGCCAAGUUUGUGUUUGUGUCUCUUUCUGACAGUUGACUCAUGCACUUCAAUAUUGAUUGUGGCAAGAGUGGCAUGUAGAUCCCUUGAUGUUAGCCUGGGGUUCUUAGAGACUUCUAUGAGCAUCUUUCAGUCAGCUCAUGGGCUGAAUUGGUGGGACGACCUGUCCUAAGUAGAUUGCCAGUGGUCUGUAAUUUUCUCCAUUUUUAGAUGAUCCGUCGGACAGUGAAAUGAUGUACUUUGAAUUGCUUGGAAAUGUAUUUGUAACCCCUCCCAGACUCAAGGACAUGAAUAAUAUUUAUUCUGAUGGCCUCGGAUAGGUAUUUUGAUCUUUGCAUGAUGUGUUACCACACACCCAUAUGUUUAAUACCAAACCAGACCAAGUUUCUAAUUUUUAUGGAAGGCUGGCCCCUCCCAAGGUACUCUCUAAUGAUUUCUUCAUCAUCGUCACCGGUUUGGGUGCACCUGAUCCUAAUUUUAGCCAUUUUAGGUGAUGGUAAAGGCAGGGGGGUACAAAUUAUUUCUGCAGAAGGAAAUUGUAUUUUUGUUUAUUUUAAUUGCAUAACAAUUUCAAAGUAAAUGUUUUGUGUGUGAGUUGUUAAAUUGGGUUACCUUUAUCAAUUAAUUUGGUUGCAAUUUAGCUCAAAUAACCAUGUGUCCAAAUACGUUAAAAAAAUACAAUAAACAACUGACCACUUUCCAAA